GUCUCUCCUGGAAGACAUUCAUGUUUUUGUACUCGGUUGUUGACGUGAGAUCGGUUUCAGAAGGUUACAGAAAUGGAUCUCCUUUUGAAUGCUGCAGGUGGACCUUGAUUUGUUUUCCUGGCAAGAAAAGUAAGACGAGGUACAAAGACUGAAAGAUGGAAAAUCAAGACGAGGGAGGAGGUACAAGAGGAGGAGGAGGAGGAAGAGGGGAGACGGAACAAAUGAAAGCUGAGGAGACUGGUGAUGAAGACAAGCAGACCAAAGACGAGCACAACAAGCUGGAGAAGGAGAGCAUCGAGAAGGAGCCCAGCAGAGAGCCGAGGAGGGAGAACCAUCGCUGCCAGUGGAGGAGCGGCUGGGCUCUGUCUGAACGCCUGGCCAUCAACGUGUCAGGGAUGCGGUAUGAGACCCAACUCCGCACCCUCGCCCAGUUCCCCAACUCCCUGCUUGGCGACCCCCAACGCCGACUUCGCUACUUCGACCCCCUGAGGAACGAGCUCUUCCUGGACAGGAGCCGCGUCUGCUUCGAUGCCAUCCUGUACUUCUACCAGUCGGGCGGGAGGCUGCGGAGGCCCGCCAGCGUCCCCCUGGACAUGUUCAUGGAGGAGCUUCGCUUCUACGAGCUCGGGGAGGAGAUCCUCGACCGCUUCAAGGAGGACGAAGGCUUCCCCAAGGAGGAGGAGAGGCCCCUACCCACCAACGAGCUGCAGCGACGCCUCUGGAUGCUGUUUGAGUAUCCGGAGUCAUCCAGCGGAGCUCGGAUCAUUGCCAUCAUCAGUGUCAUGGUCAUCGUGGUCUCCAUUCUCAUCUUCUGCCUGGAGACUCUGCCUGAGUUCAGGAAUGAGAAGGAACGGAGGGAGAAAUUCACCACCAUCCCUCACCCCACCAUAGCGAAUGAAACCAUCUUGGUCCCACCUAGCUUCACUCCCUUCCAGGACCCCUUCUUCAUCGUAGAGACGAUGUGCAUCUGCUGGUUCUCGUUUGAACUCGUCAUGCGCUUCAUCUGCGCGCCGAGCAAGAUCCACUUCUUCAAAGACGUCAUGAACACCAUCGACUUCUUCGCCAUCAUUCCCUAUUUUGUCACACUCGGCACAGAGCUGGCCAACGACAAGGGCGCGCAGCCCUCCAUGUCUCUGGCCCUCAUCAGGGUUAUCAGGCUGGUGAGGGUCUUCAGGAUCUUCAAGCUCUCUCGGCACUCGAAGGGCCUCCAGAUCCUGGGCCAGACACUGAAGGCCAGCCUCAGAGAGCUUGCUCUGCUCAUCUUCUUCCUCUUCAUCAGCGUCAUACUCUUUUCCAGUGCCGUCUACUUCGCCGAGGUGGACAGACCUGACACGGCAUUCACCAGCAUCCCUGAGGCUUUCUGGUGGGCGGUGGUGUCCAUGACGACGGUCGGCUAUGGGGACAUGUACCCGGAGACGGUCGGGGGGAAGCUGGUGGGCUCCAUGUGCGCCAUCGCCGGCGUGCUCACCAUAUCUCUGCCGGUGCCAGUCAUCGUGUCCAACUUCGGCUACUUCUACCACCGAGAGAUGGAGUGUGAAGACACCACAGAGUACCACCAUGUCUCCACAUCGCUCUGGGAAAAGGACGGAGAGGGCGAUGAAGAGGAGGAAGAUGAGGACGGGUUGGACGAGAGGCCUGAAUGCAUGGGGGAUUACGCGCCCCUGUACGGGCAGAACAGCAGGGGUAUCUGCCCUCCGCUCAGUGGGGCUCUUCUGGCAGGACUUUGUGCUGGACAGGCGACUGGUGAUCAGAGAGGAAAAAAAUUCUACCUCAGAGAACCUCUGGUCACUCAGGUGUGACGGAGAGCAGAUGGACAGAGAGCCUUCAGAGUAACAUUCGAACAGUGCACAUGCGCUGUCGAGAUGGAUGUCAGAGUGACACAGGGGAAAACGUACAUGUAUACAAAGACGUGGACCGACAUGACCCCAGUUUAUGCCUCUCAUAUAGCCACGGUUUUUACAUUUGAGACUUUCGCAUGAUUAUA